ACGCAGAGGCGGAGCGCUCACGCAGGCAGACGCGGCGUUAUUAAACGGUUGCGGGCGGAGGGUUCUCGUGCUCUUCCUUGGUCUCAGGCUCUCACCGCGGCGUUAGCCCGCUCGCUCUUCUCCUGGGAAGCCUAGGCCGGCUGCACCUCCUCUCUCUCGCCUCUAGCAGCGUCGUUGCGACUCCGCCACCAUGUUCGAAGCGCGCUUGGUCCAGGGCUCCAUCCUGAAGAAGGUGCUGGAGGCGCUUAAGGACCUCAUCAAUGAGGCCUGCUGGGACAUCAGCUCCAGCGGCGUGAACCUGCAGAGCAUGGACUCGUCGCACGUCUCUUUGGUGCAGCUCACCCUGCGAUCUGAGGGCUUCGACACGUACCGCUGCGACCGCAACCUGGCCAUGGGCGUGAACCUCACCAGCAUGUCCAAAAUACUAAAGUGUGCUGGCAACGAAGACAUCAUUACUCUAAGGGCUGAAGAUAAUGCGGACACCUUGGCACUAGUGUUUGAAGCUCCAAAUCAAGAAAAGGUUUCAGACUAUGAAAUGAAGUUAAUGGAUUUAGAUGUUGAACAACUUGGAAUUCCAGAACAAGAAUAUAGCUGUGUAGUAAAGAUGCCUUCUGGUGAAUUUGCACGUAUAUGCCGAGAUCUCAGUCAUAUUGGAGAUGCUGUUGUAAUUUCCUGUGCAAAAGAUGGCGUGAAAUUUUCUGCAAGUGGGGAACUUGGAAAUGGAAAUAUUAAGUUGUCACAAACAAGUAAUGUUGAUAAAGAAGAAGAAGCUGUUAGCAUAGAGAUGAACGAGCCAGUUCAGCUAACUUUUGCACUGAGAUAUCUGAACUUCUUUACAAAAGCCACUCCACUGUCUCCUACAGUAACACUCAGUAUGUCUGCAGAUGUACCCCUUGUUGUAGAGUAUAAAAUUGCUGAUAUGGGACACUUGAAGUACUAUCUGGCUCCCAAGAUUGAGGAUGAAGAAGGAUCUUAGGCAGUUUUAAAAUUAAAAAAAAAUAAAACUAAGGUCUUUGAGAACUGCUUCUGAGAUUCUAACAUGCCUUCUGUCACCAAAUUUGUACCUGAGUACAUAUGUAGAUAAUGUUUUCUGUAAAUAACCUAUUUUUUUCCAUUCUCUACAAUUUAAAGGAUAGUCUCAAUCAAAUCUGGUCUUAUUAACCUAGAACUACUUCUGCCUUACCUAGAAAUACUACAAAGGGUUUUGACCAUUAAUGCAAUUUUAAGAAUUGUGUUUUCAAUUUAAAUAAAAGUUAUUUGAAUUUCAAACAUCAAAGGACAGUGCCUUCAUUUGAACCUUGACUGUUGCAAGUAUCUAGGAAAUUCACAAUUAGUGCUAUCUUUUUGUGUAAAUGUUUUAUUUUUCCUUUUCAAUCUAGAGCAGCUAGAUAUAAAUAUAUUAGAUAUAGCCAUAAAAAUUACUCCAAAUGCAGUAGGUGACAAGAUAUUUGGGGGGAUUCAUUUGUCAGACUUAUUUUUGUAUUCUAACUUUUGAGCUCAAGAAAUGAAUGGGAAAAUAGAACAAAGUCUAUAUAUUUCAGUGUUUUGUCGUUUUUAGCAAAACUAAUAGUUUUUCAGAAGCUUAAUGUGCUCAAAGUUGUGUGGGCUUUAUAAAAUGCAUUGUUACAGGGCAGUGUUUCUUUAGCCUGGGGAACCUUUUACAAGAAUCUUAUGUUACUAGAUCUGUGAUAGGGCCCAAAGAGUGUAUCUGCAAAAAAAUUUUCUCCAGUAUAAAUAGCCUUACUUGGAACUUACUCCCCUAAAGGAUGAAGAUUGCUUAAGUCUCAUGGGUGUUGGAUUCAACCAAGAAAGGGAAAAUGCCCAGCAGUUGUGAAACAGACCGUUUAAAUGUUCCCAGUAAUUGUGCUGUAAGGUAAAAACUGGCAUCCUCCAUACUGAGAAUUGUUUUAUUACAGUACUUUUUCCUGUUGUAUUUUGUGUUUGGUGGGUUAAAUGACUGGUUUUUGUUGUACCUGGACUGAGUUCUAGUGAUUGGACUUUAGAACUCACUGUCCAGUGGGCAACCAUUACUUUAAGAGUGCCUGGGAUUAAGGAGAUUGGCAGCACAGGGCCUGAUGGAAGUUUUUGGAGUGAUGAAACUAUUUUAUCUAGACUGGUGGUGGUUCCAAGACUGCGUUUAUUAAACUUCAUCCAAUUGUACUUUAUUGUAUGUAAGUUAUACCUUAAUAAAGAUGACAUUUAAAAGCUUCA